AUGAAGAGAUCAAUCCCGGAAGCUACACGAGUGACGAGCAGUUACUUCGUCGACAAGGUCUUCGAGAACACCGAGGACGGGUACAACGCUGCGCUGGACUACAUGGCCGAGGUCCUCGAGGAGCUGGAACCACCUGUAAGCCCUAACCAGUCUACUGAUCUCUCGUAUACGCGCGCGUCUCAUUCCGCGUAUUCUCUUGCGCAUUUACCGCCGAUUCAAAUGGCGCCGUUUGACGGUAACGUAGCCGAAUGGGAGCAUUUCCGCGAUCGCUUUUCGGCGCUCAUCAUUGGUAAUAAGGACUUAAACGAUUUUGCGAAAAUGCAUUUCCUUGUAUCCUUCCUUCGCGGCCGCGCUCUCGAAUGCAUCGCUAAUUUGUCCGUCACUGCAGAUAAUUUUGCUGUUGCGUGGAACGCGUUGCGGACUCGUUACGACAACCGACGUCGUUUGCUAUCUGUACAUUUGUCAAUCUUGCUAAAUCUGCCGGGUUUGUCUCGCGAGUCGGUGACCGAGCUUCAAGCUCUUCGCGGGACGAUCACGAUGACGAUCGCGUCUCUAAACAAUUUGCAACGAAGUUCGGAUGACCUGUGGAACGAUUUCCUAGUUCACCUCGUCUCGCAGCGCUUGGAUCCGAUAACACGCAAGGCGUGGAACCUGCGAUCGAGUGAGACCGACGAUCCGCCAUUAUUUCCUGAUUUGGAUCGAUUCAUCGCCAGUCGAAUUCGUGCUCUCGAAGAAUUCUCAACUGGCACGUCCAGCCUGUUGGGAGGGAAAACCCCGUCGGCAACGCGAGUGCACUUCGCGGCCGCGUCGGCGCCGCUUCGCGCGCCUUGCCCGAUGUGCAAGGCUCACCAUUACUUUAGCGCCUGUCCAACAUUUAUGCGCGGGGCGCCGAGUCAGCGUCGAGAUCUCGCGAAAAGGCAUCGCCGCUGUUUUAAUUGUCUGAGUCAGAAUCAUUCGGCUCAGGAAUGCCAGAGUAAAUAUAGUUGUCGAGUGUGCCAUCAGAGGCAUCAUUCAUUACUCCACGCUGACUCGGACGUCAGCGCGCACCGCGUUGAGGCAUCGUCCGCUCCUGAGCGUGAGACGGCAUCAUCCUUCUCGGGAGCGGAGGUGCACUCUCUGCUCGUCGCUACGAUCGCGCAGCGAAGCGCUCCAGUUUUACUGGCUACCGCUCGUGUCCGCUUGAGUUCGGCGUGCGGAAGAAGCGUUGCUAUUUGGGCGCUGCUUGAUCAAGGCUCCAAGAUAACGUUUAUUUCGGAAAACGUCGCGCAACUGUUACGAUUAAAGCGAAUUCGCAUGCCCGUUUCCGUAUCCACAGUCGGCAGUAUUAGCGCCGGCCUCUGUCGGCACGCAGUCGAGCUCGCUAUAUCACCUCGGAAUUCGUCGUCGCCGUCAUAUACGAUCACCGCGUUGAUUCUCCGGUCACUCACAUCCUACACUCCGGAGCGCUCAGUCGACGCGUCGUGCUUAACGCAAUUUUCCGCCUUAUCCUGGGCCGAUCCGGAUCCGUGCGGUAAGGAUCCGAUUGAUUUGAUUCUCGGCGCGGACUUUUACGGCGAAGUCCUGCGGGAUGGUAUUUGUCGGAGCGACGGCGGGGGGCUGGUCGCUCAGAACACAGCAUUCGGUUGGAUUAUCUCCAGGCCCGUUCGAUCGAUCGAACAUUUCGAAUCCCCCUCGCCUUUGCGCGCCGCUGUCACGUUACCUCGCGACUCCGUCUCGGUUUUACACUGUCUCGGCGCGCCGUCACUUGAGGACGAAAUCAGGCAGUUUUGGGAGAUUGAAGAACUCCCUCGCAUUCCCCUCCGAUCGCCAGAGGAUGACAAAUGUGAGGAGCACUUCGUAACCACCCACUCCCGUUCUCCCGAUGGUCGCUAUAUCGUACGAUUACCAUUUAAAACCGAUCCUCCAAUUGAUAUAGGCGCUUCUCACUUUCGUGCCGAGCGCCUUCUCACUUCUAUCACGCAUCGAUUGCAGACUGACCCCGAGCACCGGCAUGCUUACGUCGACUUUAUGCGCGCGUAUGAACAGUUGGGCCACAUGCAACGCGCGAAUCACGCAACCAACUCGAGCAGUCAAGUCGUAUUUAUCCCCCAUCAUCCGGUUUAUCGCGCGCAUAGCUCGACGACGAACCUUCGUGUGGUUUUUAACGCCUCAAGCCCGACGUCUAACGGAUCGAGCUUAAACGAUCACUUGUUUUCCGGCCCUAAGCUGCAGACCGAGUUACCCGCUGUCAUACUUCGUUGGCGCGCGUUUAAGUACGUCUAUUCCGCCGACAUCGAGAAAAUGUAUCGCCAGUUUCAAGUCGAUCCUCGAGAUAUCGAUUAUCAGCGAAUUUUGUGGACUGAUGAUCCCCGCGUAAAGCCAACCGAAUACCAAUUACUAACAAUCACAUACGGCAUGUGUUGUGCUCCUUAUCUCGCGUUACGCGUGAUACAGCAGCUGGUAGUGGAUGACGGGGAUCACUUUCCGCUAGCAAUUCCGAUAUUAAAAAAUCACGUCUAUGUCGACGACGUGUUAUUCGGCGCUGACUAUAAACGCGAAUUGAUUCGCAUUCGGGAUCAGCUCGUAUCGCUGCUGCGUCGAGGCCGAUUCGAGUUGAGAAAGUGUCCAGUAAUUCGCCUGGCCUUCUCCACGAUAUCGACGAGCAAAAUCAGGGUUAGCAUGCUCGAAAACGCUUGCGGCCAACGACGCUGUCAAGAUUCUCGGCAUUACGUGGAUAACUUCGGAUGA